CAAUGCAUCCACGUAUCAAGGCCGGUAAAUGCACUGUCUUUGAAAUUAUUGUGCUAUUGCUCAGAUAAUCAUCCGCUUAUAAUUUAUCAGGACAUAUUUUCAUUGUGUUUGAACAGUCGUCAUGCGUGUUGCUCGUACAGACAUAAAAUUGGUCAUCUUUUGUUUUAUUUUAUUUGUGGCGUGUAAUGUUCGUCUCAGUGUUGGCGGAGACCCGAUUUUCUUCGAUUUCGAUGAAGAGGACGAGAACUUUACCCUCAAUCGUCUGGUACGGAAUCCCAACAAAACAGCCGAGGCCAAGAAAAUGGCCAGGAAGAUGCUGAACAACAACUCGAUGGCGCUGAAGCACCUGUCCAAGUUCCGUUCCACCGCUGCGACCACCACGCUGUCCCCUCUGGAGCGGCCUGUGGACGAGGAUGACGACCCUCCGGAGCACCGGCCGACAGCCUCCUCCUCCACCGAGCUGCCGCCGCCGUCCAAACCCGUCCACAAGACGGUCACCACGUCCCUCUUCGAGCGGACGAGGACGAUCGUCAUGUCCGCCGGCCUGGCGCGCAGUCUGACGCAGCUGGCGCCGGCCAGUCAGCAGUUCUUCAAGAGAGUCUGUCUGAUGAAGCGCGCCUGUACCGAGGAGAUGCUGACCGGGGACCGGCUCACCUGGAUCCUCCCGGAUGUGUCUGAGCGCGCGCGCACCCGUCUCUGGCACCAGCUGGUGUGCUCGCUGCAGCCGGGCGCCGCGUGCCCGCAGGACGGCGGCUGGGGCUCCUGGGGACACUGGUCAGAGUGCGGCGCCACCUGCGGAGCGGUCGGAGAGCGCGUGCGCCGCCGGCUCUGCGACCGACCGGAGCCGGCGCACGGCGGUCUCCGCUGCCGCGGCCGGGCCUCCGAGGUGCAGUACUGUGUCUCCCGCGGCUGCGGGCUGGAUAAGCUGGCUGGGUUUAUGACGGAACACAACCCGUCUCAACAGCUAGCGCUACAACUACUUCAGAAACAGGUGCAUGCUCAUCCAGAGUUGGAUACGCUCUGUAUCCGUCAGCACUGCAGCCUGGAACACCUGCGGGAUGUGGUCGGUAACGGGAGCGUCCACGCGCUCUGGGCGUCACUACACUGUCUCAAGCAGGCCGUGGCGUGCCCGAUAGUGGGCGGCUGGACCGAGUGGUCGCAGUACAGCGAGUGUUCGGCUGCGCCCUGCGGAGACGGCCAGCAGCUGCGGUUCCGAACCUGCACCGACCCGGCGCCGAAUCUGUCCGAGGGCCGCUGUCACGGCAAGUCGUUCUCGGCCCGCGACUGCAGCGUGCCGUGCGAGUCGUCCGUGGGCGGCCGCGCCGAGUGGGCCCCGUUCGGGCCGUGGAGCGAGUGCAGCGCCUCGUGCGGCGUGGGCACGCAGCAGCGCCACCGCCGCUGCCGGCUGGUGUCGCUGAGGAGCGAGGACUCGGACCGAGUGCCGGAGACCGAUGAGGUGACCCUGCGCCGGCGGCGGCGGGUGCACCGUACCCGUCACCGCCGGGCGACCUAUACAGGGCCGAAACGGAUCGACCUGCGCCUGCCGCCGGAUGGAAUGAAGAAACGGCCGGCCACCCGGCGGCCACAGACGACCACCGCGGCCGGCGGCGGCCCGCGCAGCAGGGGAGGCAGCGGAGGCAGCGGAGGCAGUGGCGGGGGCACACUAGGGAAGUGGAUGAAGGGCCGUCCAACCAGUGGGCAGAGUGACAACAGUGCUGGAGUCAGUUCGAGCGGCGGGAAAUCCUCCAGCAGUGGCAGUAAGCCUGCUAGCAGUGUCAGAAAAUUUGCCAGCAGUGGUAGUAAGUCUUCCAGUAGUGGCAGUAAGUCUGGAAGCAGUGGUAGCAAGUCUGACAGCAGCAGUAGCAAGUCUGACACCUCCGAUGAAGAAAUCGACCAGUCUGAUGACUCUGGCGGCGGCGGCGGCGAUGUUGAUGUUGUUGUACCCAGUCCCGGCGGCGGCAGCGGCGUGGACCCGGCUCUGUGCGGCGGCUCGAGCCGCGAGGUGCGUGUCUGUGAGCCGCAGUGCGCCCUGGACGGUCAGUGGUCCGAGUGGGGCGCCUGGAGCGCCUGCUCCUCCGCCUGCGGGCCCGGCGUCAGCACGCGGGACCGGCUGUGCGGCGACCCUCCGCCGGCCGGCGGCGGACGCGACUGCGAGGGGGUCGGCUCCGAGGUGCACUACUGCUUCCAGCGGCCGUGCACGGUCGAGACGCGUCUCCUGGCGGCCUUCAACGGCAGCGGCUACCUGAUCUACCGGCCGCUGUACAUCCCAGCUGCGCUGCUGCUGGUGUACGUCCGCUUCCGGCCCGAGUCGGGCGACAGCGUGCUGCUGCACCGGUUCCAGAACAAGUGUCCCGAGCCGCACCACUGCGACUGGGCGCGACUCUCGCUCGUCAGUGGGUUCCUGGUACUCGAGAGCACGAUGCGUCAGUGCCGGGUGAAGCUCGAAGGCCGGCCGGCCGUGCAGAUUGGUCACUGGCACGAGGUGGCCGUCGCUAUAGUCGGCGACCGCGCCUUUAUGAGGCUGGAUAACGCCGAGGAGCACCGCAAGGCGUACCUGAGCUGCGUGCCGGACGGACCCAACUACGAUAUGGACAUGUACGUGGGCUCGGACCGCAACCGGCGCUCGGCGUUCCACGGCACGGUGUCGGCGCUGGCCGUCAACUACAUGGAGUACAGUCUGCGCAUGGAGGCUGACUGGACGGCCGGCGGCGUGCCGGCCAUCGCCGAGGGCGUCACCACCAGCGUGGCCACGGCGGAUGACGUGUAUGUGCGCCUGGAGGCGGCUGACUUUUUCACGGCGCAGUGUCCGACCAACAGUAGCGGAGACAGAGCCGGCAGUCACGGCCGCCGGCUGGACUUUGUCGCCACGUUCAUGAUCCGCCAGCACGGUGUGCUCAUGUUCACCCGCGGCAUCGAGGAGGCGUCGUUUGUGUUCGUCAAAACGGGUGGUGUGUUCCAGGUGUGCGCCCAACUGGCGGCGGCGCGGGAGUGUCUGGCGUCCAGUCAGAGCGCUGAGCUGGAUACGUGGUACCGACUGCGGGUGCUCAUUGAACCCAAAGUGAUGACCAUGGUGGUGAAUUUCGUCCACCGGACUCGUCUAAUGCGCGGACUCGAUUUCAGCGUCUGCCGUAAAAUCGUAUACGUGGGCGGCGGUCCCCCGGACACACUGAAAAAGAUCGGCGAGAGUAACGGUUUCCAGGGUCUGGUGGAGUCGUUCCUGCGGCUGGACGAACUGAUUGACGCGGACAGCGCGGCGGUGGAGCGCUCGCCGCCGUUCUCUGUGCUGCGGCUCGAUCCUCACAGUAAGGACGUGCAGGGCUUCUACGGGUGUCUGGUGUCGACCCCGGCUCGCACCUGGCUCAUACACGCGUUCGGUGUGUCGUUCGUUCGCACCACAGUGGUGGUGGCAGAGUCGCUCGCGGAGGAGUGGGUGGCGGUCAUGAGCGCGCUCAUUGGCUGUGUGCUGCUUCUGAUGGCCGCGGGACUCCUGUAUGCCAGUAAGAGUGGGCGAUUUGGCCUGUUUCCCGGCCUACUGAGGAUGAUUUACGGUGAGCGGCUGUCCGAGAAGGACCAGCUCGACUAUCUGCAGCUGCAGACGGGAGAGUUUGUGCGCGUGACGCCCUCCCGGCGCCGCCUGCUGCGCCCCUCCAAACAGUCCCUGCUGCUGUCACGGUCCCGUCACUCGCUGGCCACACCGUCACGGACCAUCAGCAUCACUCCGUCACGCGAAACCGAGUUCUUCCUGGAGCCGAGCAAACAGGUGCGCUUUGCCAGUCAGCUGAGCGUCAACCGCACGCCCUCGGGCCGGGCGCUGACACAGACCCCCUCGGGCGCUCCGGUGACGGUGACCGGCUCCGGGCGGGUGGUGACGGCCCGCACCCUGCUGGGUACCGACGCGCACCUCUCGCCCAGCGGCCGGAUCACCGGGUAUGACGUGGACGCGGCCUCUGACGGCUCCGAGGACCCCUCGCCGGACGGUUCGGACGACUCUCAGGAGGGGUCAGACGACUCGGGCACGCCGCUGCUGGCCGGCGCUGACUCACCGCCUGCGCAACUGAGCAGUAUGGGCUCGACCCGGCAGCUGUCGACGCUGGGUAGUCGGAUAACCUCGCCAGCCCUCUCAGAGAGCUGUUCGGAGGGCUACCCGCCUCCGCCGGGCACCGCGGACUCGGGGGAUUCGGAACCGUUCUCUCCGUGAGGGGGUCUACUUGGGCGGGCCGUGGAUCAAUGAAGGGCGUAGCUGAUAGUAACUGGAAAGUAUUUGAUCAACUGGGACAGAACUUGGUGCUGUUGACGGAUGGGCCCGCGCUAGUGUCUUACCAUGAUGCUAGAAUGGACUGUUUGGUGUGCUAUUUGCCGUGUUUUGUACUUAUUCGCAACGAGCUCUUUACUGAUGAAUUUGUUGGUAUAGCUAUUGAUUGCUAUCUUGCUAUCUUGGUGGCAGAACAACAGGAAUAAACAUUCGAAUACACUUGUAAAUAUACCUU